ACCUCCUACACCCCUCAAUGUUCAAUGACCAUUCAAGGGGAAGGGAAGUGAGAAAUUCACACAGGGAGCGGGGGAAAUUUACAGAGUUAGGAAAUUUACUGAAGCAGGAAAUUAACUCUCCCCUUACGGCCAGGAGUGACUCAGAUGGAAGUAGACUGUGACAAAGAGAGGAUUGCUUGGCGAGAGAGAGAGAGAGAGGGAAUUAUCGGGCAGACUUCAGAGAUUCAACGUGCAAAGUGCUGUGGAGUUGAAGGCCAAGGACAGGCGGCACAGUGGAGCAGCGGUAGAUUUCUUCCCUCGCAGCGCCAGAGACCCGGGUUCGAUCCUGACCACGGGUGCUGCGUGUACAGAGCUUAUAGGCCACGUGGGUUUUCUCCGGGUACUGCAGUUCCUCCCACACUCCAAAGACAGACAGGUUUGUAGACGAAUUAGCUUGGGAUCGAUGGUCGGUGCGGACUCGGUGGGUCGAAGGGGCUAUUUCAGUAAACAAAAAUUAAGCCAAAGAUCGACACAAAAAGCUGGAGUAACUUAGCGGGACAGGCAGCACCUCUGAAGAAAAGGAAAGGGCGACGUUUCGAGUCGAGACCCAUCUUCAGACUGGUGUUCAGCAAGUCCCAACAACUCACACCAACGUCUUCAAAAACCCCACAUUGGGUCGCUAUUUGUUCCGUCUGAAGAGGGGUCUCGACCGCGAAACGUCACCGAUCCCUUCUCUCCAGAGAUGCUGCCUGUCCCGCUAAUUGACCCCAGCAUUAUGUGUUUAUCGUCGGGGUAUAUAGCAAUAUCUGCAGUCCCUUCCUCCACAUCACAGAUUCAUAGAAACAUAGAAAAUAGGUGCUGGAGUAGGCCAUUCGGCCCUUUGAGCCAGCACACCAUCCAAUAUGAUCAUGGCUGGUCAUCCAAAAUCAGGUCCCACUAUCUCCCCAUAUCCGUUGAUUCUGUUAGCCCUAAGAGCUAAAUCUAACUCACUCUUGAAAACAUCCAGUGAAUUGGCCUCCACUGCCUUCUGUGGCAGAGAAUUCCACAGAUUCACAACUCUCUGGUUGGAAAAGUUUUUCCUCAUGACCCCUUAUUCUUAAACUGUGUGUGACCCCCUAGUUCUGGACUCCCCCAACAUUGGGAAACAUUUUUCCUGCAUCCAGACCGUCCAAUUCCUUAAGAAAUGCGUAUGUUUCAAUAAGAUCCCCGCUUAUUUCUGUUCCUUUGUCCUGUUGACCUCAGGACCGUGGACUACCAAGGCCACCGUUUCCCAGGAACCGGACUGAUCUUCAGAAGAGUGAAUUCUCCGAACAAGGGCCAUUAAUUUGAACGUUGGAGAAAGAAGUAAGAUCGCCGGACACAAGGCCACUGUGGUCAGAAGAAAAUUCCAAGAACACUUUGGCUCAUUUUUCUCCAAGAGACUCAGGGUGAUUGACUUUGAGCCCACCCCCCACCUUCCCUAAAUGGCUACAGGGGCGCCCUGGACUGAGGGGACAAUGUCUUCCUUCUGGUCCCUCCCGACUUCUAACGCCAACCUCACAGGUGCCAACAGCACCCAAGGGUGUCUCUUGAGCGCCGACUUCCAGUACAUCAUGUUCCCGGUGGUGUACAGCCUGGUUUUUGUCCUGGGCACCACCUCCAACGCCGCAGCCCUCUGGUUCUUCUUCAGGACCAAGGAGACCCUCUCGCCAUCCGACGUCUUCAUGGUCAACCUGGCCGCGAUCGACCUCGUCUUCGCCUUGACCCUGCCGUUCAGGAUCGUCUACCACGCCCUGGGCAACGAGUGGACCUUCGGCGAGUGGGGCUGCAAGAUCACGGGCUCGCUGUUCUUCGCCAACCUCUACGGCAGUUCCCUGUUCCUCACCUGCAUCUGCGUGGACCGCUACAUCGCAGUGGUCCACCCUCUCCGCUCGCUUGCUCUCCGACGCCCCCGAUACCGGGUGCUGGUCUGCCUCGCCGUCUGGCUGGUCCUCGCCGCCUGUAUCCUCUACCUGAUGCUCAAGGGGCCACUGACCAGCCACUUCCCCGACGGCAGGACAGCUUGCCUGGAGAAUUUCUCCAGCGGCUCCUGGAGUGGCCGUAUCUCAAGUAUCAGCAUCGUCGGGGCGGUGAUUGGCUUCUUCAUGCCCGUGUUGGUCAUCGCAGUGUGCUACUCUCUCAUCGCCCGGCGUCUAUUGGAGCCGACGGCCGGCAACGCGGUCCAUGCCGUGAAGAGGCGAGCACUGCGGACCGUGCUGGUAGUCCUCUGUGUCUUCCUAGUUUGCUUUGUGCCGUACCAUGUUGUCCAGUUGGUCCAUACCCUCCUGCGCCUAAACCCGGGCCCGGCGAGCUGCCGGAUCAUCCGCUUCACCUACUCGGCUCGACGGGUCACCAUGGCCCUGACCAGCCUCAACAGUUGCCUCGACCCCCUGAUCUACUCGCUGGGACGCCGGUUCUCACCGUCACCCCGUGCCUGGUGUUGCGGCCGCCGGCGCCGAGCCUCCCUCACCAUCACCUUCCGCAGCAAGGAGACCACCCGGAGCAAGAGCUAGGCUCCUAGACAGUGCAACGUCUAGACUGCAUCCAGAGUCCAGUGUCUAGACAUUACCCAGAGCAAGAGCUAGGCUCCCAGACAGUGCAGCGUCUAGACUGCAUCCAGAGUCCAGUGUCUAGACAUUACCCAGAGCAAGAGCUAGGGCCCCCAGACAGUGCAGCGUCUAGACUGCAUCCAGAGUCCAGUGUCUAGACAUUACCCAGAGCAAGGGCUAGUCCCCAGCCAGGCCGUGUCUGGACAGCACCUGUCGUCUAGUCCAGACACUACCCAGAGCAAGAGGUGUCCUCCAGACAAGGCUAUGUCUAGACACCACCCAGUGUCUAGACACUACCACAGCAAGGGUUAGACCAUAGACAGACUGUGUCUAGACAACACCCAGAGUCUAGUGUCUAGUCAGUACCCAGAGCCAGGGCUAGUCCACCAGACAGCCGUGUCUAGACAACACCCAGAGUCUAGUGUAUAGACAGUGGGGACCCAGACAUGAUCUUGUGUAGUCAGAGGGAAUCCAGACUUGGGAAUCCAGUCUUAAUGACCAAGAUGUUGCUGUGUCUAGACAGCACGCAGAGUCUAGCGUCUGGACAGUUGGAGCCCAGUCAGGAAUUUCACUAAAUAGUUGGUGCCCAGACAAGAAUGUGUCUAGACACUGACCAGAGCAAGAGCUAGUCCCCCAAACAGGGCUACGUCUAGACAGUACAUGGCGUCUAGUGUCUAGACACUGCCCAGAGCAUGAGCUAGUCACCCAGACAGGGCUACGUCUAGACAGGACCCGGAGCCUCGUGUCCGGACACUAUCCACAGCAAGGGCUAGUCCCCAGACAGGCUGUUUCUAGAUAGGACCCGGAGUCUAGUGUCUAGACACUACCCAGAGCAAGAGUUUGUCUCCAAGACAGAAGGCACCCAUAUUCUAGUGUGUAGAGAGUACCCAGAAUGCCUAGACAACACCUGGUGACUAGUGUCUAGACACUACCCACGGCAAGAGCUAGUCCCCAGACGGGUCUACGUCUAGACAGCAACCAGAGUCUAAUAUGUAGACACUUCCCAGAGCAAAGACAUGGCCCCCAGAGAGGACUACAUCUAGACAGAACCCAGAGUCUAGACUGCUCAGGGCAAGGACUAGUCCCACAUACAGGGCUACGUCUAGACAGUACCCAGUGUCUAGUGGCUAGACGCAGCCCAGAGCAAGAACUAGUCCCCCAGAGAGUGCCAUGUCUCGAGACACUACUUGGGUCUAGACACCACCCAAGGCAAGAGCUAGUCCCUCCGAUAGGCCAUGUCUAGAUGGCACCUUGAGCCUAAUGUCUGGACAGUAUCCCGAGCCAGAGUUAGGACCCAGGGGCAACCCAGACAGUACUCAGAACCUAAUGUCUAGACAUAAGUCAGAGCAAGAGUCCACAGGGGGGAGCCCAGACAGGCCGUGUCUAGACAGUACCCAGAGCAAGAGCUAGUACCCAGGGCAUUGACACACUUGACAGGACCGUGUCUAGACGGUAGUGACCCAGACGGUUUUGUCUAGACAGUGGGAGCCCAGUCAGGGUUGUGUCUACACACAGCCUAAUGUCUAGACACAACCAAAAGCAAGAGCUAAUCCCCAGGAGGAGCGCAGACAGGCUAGACUGUACCCAGAGUCUAGUGGGAGAAUGGGGGAAGGGGGAAACUGUGAAAGUUACCCAAAACAGGAGCGUGAACUGAAAAUAGUGCCAAAAUAUGGCGUCUCUUGCAUGCGGGCUCCGCAGACUAUUUAUGUACAUUUGCUAAUCGAGAAUAAUAUGGUAAUUCUCUAACGGCCUGUUUAUAAGAAAAUAAUUUUAUUUUGUGUUUACACUUUGCACGUGUGACAAUAAAAUCACCAUUCAACCAUUGAGUUCUUGAUUAGUCAAAUACAUCACACGCACGCACACACAUACACACGCACACACGCACACACACACACGCACACACACACACACACACACACACACACACACA